AUGGAGUCUAUUGAUGCUUAUGGGGAAACAUGUAAGUCAAUUCUGGAAGGUUCAUCAUCAAGAUUGUCAAAGAGUACUAAUAGUAGUACUAGUAGUAAAAGGCUCGGGUAUGUACCAUCGAAUGACUCAACGGAUGCUUAUGGGGAUCAAGAAACUAGUUCAAUUCUUGACAUGUCAUCAUCAAGUAGUAACGACAGUAUUAGGAGUAACGGGCUCGGGUAUCUACCAUCGAAUGAAUCAAUGGAUGCUACUUCAAUUCUUGAAAGGUCAAAGAGUAAUAGUAGUCACGGGUUCGUGUACUAUGUACCAUGUAAAGAAACAUAUGUUAUAAUGCAAUUGAUUUCGAGGGAUCCAUAUGAGGAUAUGAAGAAUUUUUUGAAAAGAAUGGUUGAUGAAAAUCUAGAGAUUGAAGAUUGGAAGGAGUCUCUUGAAGAGUUAUAUGGUUGGCUUUUGGAGAUUAAUGAGAAAAACAUUCAUAAGUAUAUUGUUGGUGCAUUUUGUGAUUUGUGGAUGAGCUAUUCUGGUACUUCAACAACAAAUACUCCAUUUGGAUUUAGUUCUAGUGAACCUCCUAGUCUCUAUUUUAUGUCUUUGAUAGAAGAUGAGGCUGAUCAGAUGAUUGCAGCGUCAACAUCCAGUGUAACUCCAUAA